AUGACGCAGUUCUGUUUGUUGUUUGUCCUUGGAACAUUCGUCGCUCGAGCCUUUGCAGCAGAUCCCGCACUACCAUUUGCCAUGACCUGGUCCAGCAAGAGCUUUGGACCAGAUGGACCAUGGCAAGCGGUGCAAAUCGGCAUUGGAACGCCCGCGCAACAAGUGGCUCUCUAUCCUGGAGGAACCUUUCGCUCACACCUUUUAACACCGAGGAUUUGUUCCAACGUUACUCUGUCACCGAACGCCUGUUUUGCCUCGGCGGGUGGCCUUUACGCCGUCGAGAGCUCAACCACCGCCCUAGGAACAAUUAUACGUUUCCCAGCAGCGACUGAUUUCACCCAUGGCGGCCUUCAAGUCCAGGGCACACAAGGAAUUGGUACAUUGGAUCAGAUGAUUAUUGGGACAUCGGAUGGUCUCAGAAACACGAUCACUGUGCCAAACGUAACUAUCGCCGUGUAUGACGAUAUCGCUGCCGUCUAUCCAAGCGGCUCUAUCAAAGCAUUACAAGUAGGAACAUUUGGCUUGGGUUACCUGGGAACUGCGAACCAAAGUUUUACGCAGCCUGGCCAGCCUACUAUCAACGGAAGUCUAAUACCAGGUUAUCUACAGGCCGCAAAUUUGACGCCUUCAAACUCUUUCGGAUUGCAAAUUGGAUCUGUUAGAUCGAAGAUCAAAGGCUCUCUUUACUUUGGCGGUUACGACCAAACUCGAAUUUGUGGUGAUAUUUCGACGCAACAAGGAGCCUUUGCAGGAAUUGAGCCCGAUGACGACGGAAAGAAAGGACUUAUCGAUCUGCUCGAUAUCGCGAUCAACGUAAUCGAUGGCUCUUCUCCUUUCAAUACAUCCACAAUAAGCAAUCUCCUUGCUACUGGCAACUCUUCGAUUGGCCCUGCUUUGUCAGUCUCAAUGCUUCCGGAAGCUCCGUACCUGGAUUUGCCAAAAAGCAGUUGCGAUGCCAUUGCUGCUUGGCUUCCAGUGACAUACAAUGCCGACCUUGGUCUCUACACAUGGAACACCAACGACCCACGGUACACCCAGAUUGUCUCUUCUCCCUCCGUUCUCAGUUUUGUCUUCCGCAAAGGCCAGAGCAAUACGCAGAACAUCACGAUCAAUGUGCCUUUCAUGCUCCUCAACCUGACUCUCGAAGCACCUCUGGUCACGUCGACCGCCCCAUAUUUCCCUUGCAAUGCGCAAUCCAACGGCAGGUACUCGUUAGGCCGUGCCUUUCUCCAAGCGGCGUUUGUGGGGGCGAACUGGAAUGCCAACAACAACCAGGGCGUAUGGUGGCUUGCACAAGCCCCGGGUCCAAACAUAGGGUCACAGAUCACCGUUCAAACCAUCCGCGACCAGGAUGCGUCUAUUUCGCCAUCUUCCAACGACUGGGCGGCUAGUUGGAAGGGUGUCUUGGUGCCAUUCAGUGGGAAGUCAGCCAGCACAGCAACGACCAGCCCAUCAGCAGCAACGAACACCGCAUCGUCUUUGAAUACCACAAAUUCAUCUAAUGGGCUCACACAGGGGGCAAAGGCUGGUAUUGGUGCAGGCAUUGCCGUCUGUGGUCUCGGGAUCAUAUCCCUGUGCGCCUUUCUCUACCUCCGGAAAUAUAACAGGAAGAAUGAAACACCUUUGAGAGGAAUAUCGACUGCUAGGACCACGGCGUCGAGCAUUAACGGCGUUGGGUCACCACAUGAGAAAUAUCGGGACGGCGGUUAUGGACCAGCCGAAUUGAAUAGCCAUGAACCAGCCGAGUUGAAUAGCCAUGAACCUAAGAACAGUCAUCAGAUCCAGAACGACCAGGUUCAGCUUGUAUAUGAGUUAGGAGGAGAUGUGUACAAGUGA